AUGACCACGUAUAAAUGCCAACGAGCCAGCUCCCGCAACCCAACUCCCACAAGCCAACUCCCACAAGCCAACUCCCACGAGCCAACUCCCACAAGCCAACGCCCACAAGCCAACGCUCUCAAGCCCACUUCCGCCAGCCGACUUGCGCGUAUCAAUGCCCACAAGACCGACACCCACAAGACCGACUCCCACAAGACCGACUCCCACAAGGCCGACCGAGUCCAGCCAUUGCACUGA